UAAAAUACUAAAAUAGAAGGUAGGUACGUUAGUACGUUACUAAACUAUUUACAUCUCAUUGAUAUUUUUUUAAUGUUGAUAACUAAGUGUAGCUAAUAACUCAUAAGUAAACCUAAAAUGAUUGUCACGUGGAUUUGUUUGGUAACGAUAAUGAUAUUAUCAUUAGAUGUGUGUCAAGUUGAAAAUAAAGCAAAUAGCUCAAAAAAAGGAUUUAUAAUUCGAACAACAAAACGAGUUCGAGAUUCAAGAUUUUUUAUUAAAGGAAAACGCUUUGCGAAUGUCAUGAGACGUCUUCCGUCAAACUUGAAAAGAUUCAUGAAGUGGUUACAGAAACACAUCCGAUAUGGUAUAAAAUGUUUUCAUUGGGGAAUUAAUCAAAUGAGAUGUCGUACACUGGGAGGAUUAAAUACCAAUAUCAAGAUGGACAGUUGGAACAAACUUCCGAAUUUUAUAAAAAAAAGGUUGUAUAAACCUGCCUAUGGACCCCAAUUAUUAUUAUAAUCAAAAUGGAUAAAUCAUAAAAUAAAUAAAC